UCGUCAAUCUCUCUUUGAAAGAGAUUUGGAAAGUAAUGAAAUAUCUAAAGCGAUAGUUGAACAAUGUAAAAAUUAUAACUUUAACAUUACUGUAGUGAAUAUUGAGGAAUACUUUAAUAAAAGUAUUUUAUGUAAUAGUGACACAAUGAUAAACUAUGCAUCAUCAAUUUCAAAAAAUAUUUUAUCGAACAUACCCCCCUCCAUCAGUGAAGAUGUUUUAAUGAAGAUGAAACAAAACAUUUUUAUAAAGAUUUCAAAAGAAUUAAAAUGUAGAAUAGUUUUUACAUCUGAAACAACUACUUUAUUAGCCACACGAUUGCUAUCUAAUAUAGCAAUUGGUCGAGGAUCACAAAUUGAAAAUGAUAUUGGGUUUGCUGAUAGAAGAGAAGAGAAUGUGAAAAUAUUAAGGCCAAUGAGAGACAUUACUAAUGAGGAAAUUGAACACUAUUUAAGAAUAAAAGAACUAAAACCUGCAACUAAUAUAAUGGGUAAAGUAUAUGGAAAUAGUUUACAAUCAGUUAUAAGAAGUUUUGUUUUGGAUCUACAAGAAAACUAUCCAGCCACUGUGUCAACAAUAUGUAAAACAGCAGACAAAAUUAGUUCUGUAACCAAUAAUGAUAAUAAAAAGUGCACAAUUUGUCAGAGUAACUUGGAUUGUAAUAACUUAAAUCUGACAGCAAUGGAUGCUACUAUGUUUUCAAGAAAAGUUUCUUCUAAAGUAACAAAUUGUAAUGAAAAUUUACAACAUAUAGAGGAAGGGAAUAAUUUAUUGUUUCCAUUUAUUUAUGAAAAAUUAUGUUAUUGUUGUAGUAGAAAUAUUUCUCAUUUAAACGAUCCAAUGCUACAAACAUUAAUUUGUAGAAAUGAUGACAAAUAAAGUCAAAAAUAAC